AUAGAGUGAGAGGGAGAGAGUGCGACAUCCCUGGAGCGCACAAGAUAUCAAAAACCCUAGAGCAGAAUCUCAUUCUCGGCGACCCGGAGCGCUAUGGAGGCCGAGUCGACGCAGCUCCAGCAAGCUCAAUUGGCGGCGAUUCUGGGGCCGGACCCGGCGCCGUUCGAAACCCUCAUAUCCCAUUUGAUGUCCUCGGCGAACGAGCAGCGCUCCCAGGCCGAGUCAAUCUUCAAUUUGCUGAAGCAGAACGAUCCCAACUCUCUAGCGCUGAAGCUCGUCCACCUACUGUCGUCAUCGGUGCACGUAGAGGCGCGUUCCAUGGCGGCCAUCCUUCUCCGGAAGCAGUUUACUCGGGAUGAUUCGUUCAUCUGGCCGCGGCUCACCGAAUCCAGUCGCGCCACUGUGAAGAAUAUUCUGUUGUCUUCCAUCCAGAGCGAGGAGAACAAAUCCGUUAUCAGGAAGCUCUGCGAUACGGUUUCAGAACUCGCAUCUUCGCUUCUUCCGGAUAACCAGUGGCCGGAGAUUUUGCCCUUCAUGUUUCAGUGCGUUACAUCCAAUUCCCUUAAUCUGCAGGAAUCUGCCUUUCUAAUUUUCUCCCAAUUGGCGCAGUGCAUUGGAGAAACGCUGAUUCCGUAUAUUACAGAUUUGCAUACCGUGUUCUUGAAUGUACUGAAUAAUCCGUCCAAUCCGGAUGUAAAGAUUGCGGCGUUGAGCGCUGUUAUUAAUUUUAUACAGUGCUUGUCGAAUUCAAAUGAUAGAGACAGGUUCCAGGAUUUGCUGCCAGCGAUGAUGAGGACUUUGACGGAGGCACUAAACUCAGGGCAGGAGGUGACUGCUCAGGAGGCCCUGGAGCUGCUGAUAGAGUUGGCUGGGACGGAGCCCAGGUUUCUUCGAAGGCAGAUUGUGGAUGUCGUGGGUUCUAUGCUUCAGAUAGCUGAGGCCGAGAGUUUGGAGGAAGGGACACGGCAUUUGGCUAUUGAGUUUGUCAUUACACUAGCUGAAGCACGGGAGAGAGCUCCUGGAAUGAUGCGCAAGCUACCCCAAUUCAUUAGCAGGCUCUUUGCUAUAUUAAUGAAGAUGCUUUUGGAUGUGGACGAUGAUCCUGCAUGGCACAGUGCAGAGUCCAAGGAUGAAGAUGCAGGGGAGACAAGUAAUUAUAGUGUUGGGCAGGAGUGCUUGGAUAGGCUGGCUAUCUCUCUCGGAGGAAACACCAUUGUGCCUGUAGCAUCUGAGCAGUUACCGGCUUACCUGUCUGCUCCUGAGUGGCAGAAGCAUCAUGCAGCCCUCAUUGCCCUUGCGCAAAUCGCGGAGGGUUGUUCGAAGGUGAUGAUUAAGAAUCUGGAGCAAGUGGUGAACAUGGUUUUGAGUUCCUUUCAACACCCUCAUCCUCGCGUAAGAUGGGCAGCUAUUAAUGCAAUUGGUCAGCUGUCAACUGACUUGGGCCCUGAUUUACAAGUCCAAUACCAUCAGCAUGUCCUCCCAGCACUGGCUGCAGCUAUGGAUGAUUUCCAAAAUCCUCGAGUUCAGGCGCAUGCAGCUUCGGCUGUGCUCAACUUCAGCGAGAACUGCACCCCUGAAAUUUUGACACCUUACUUGGAUGGGAUAGUGCACAGGCUGCUUGUGUUGUUGCAGAACCCCAAACAGAUGGUACAAGAGGGUGCUUUAACUGCUUUAGCUUCUGUUGCUGAUUCGUCUCAGGAGCACUUCCAGAAAUACUAUGAUGCAGUUAUGCCCUACUUGAAAUCUAUCUUAGUCAAUGCAUCUGACAAAGCUAAUCGCAUGCUUCGUGCAAAAGCGAUGGAGUGCAUUAGCUUGGUUGGAAUGGCUGUUGGAAAGGAUAAAUUUAAGGAGGAUGCUAAGCAGGUCAUGGAAGUGCUUAUGUCAUUGCAAGGAUCACAAAUGGAAACAGAUGACCCCACUACCAGUUACAUGCUACAGGCUUGGGCUAGACUUUGCAAAUGCUUGGGACAAGAUUUCCUCCCUUACAUGAGUGUGGUUAUGCCUCCUUUGCUUCAGUCUGCCCAACUAAAGCCUGAUGUGAUUAUUACGUCUGCUGAUUCAGACAAUGAAAUUGAUGAUUCAGAUGAUGAAAGCAUGGAGACGAUCACACUUGGUGAUAAAAGAAUAGGGAUUAAGACUAGUGUCCUUGAAGAAAAGGCCACUGCAUGCAAUAUGUUAUGUUGCUAUGCUGAUGAAUUGAAGGAAGGUUUUUACCCAUGGAUUGAUCAGGUUGCCCCAGCAUUGGUUCCCCUUUUGAAGUUUUAUUUCCAUGAAGAAGUCAGAAAAGCAGCUGUGUCAGCAAUGCCGGAGUUGUUGCGAUCUGCUAAAUUGGCUGUGGAGAAGGGAAUUGCUCAAGGCCGUAAUGAGGCAUAUGUUAAGCAGUUGUCUGACUAUAUACUUCCUGCUUUAGUUGAGGCUUUACACAAGGAGCCUGAUAUAGAGAUAUGUGCAAAUAUGUUGGAUGCACUUAAUGAAUGUCUGCAGAUUUCUGGACCACUUCUAGAUGAGAAGCAGAUUAAGAGCGUAGUGGAUGAGAUAAAACAGGUGAUUACAGCUAGCUCAAGCAGAAAGAGAGAGAGAACUGAGAGAACAAAGGCUGAAGAUUUUGAUGCGGAGGAGGGUGAAUUGCUUAAAGAGGAAAAUGAGCAAGAAGAAGAAGUAUUUGACCAGGUUGGUGAAAUCUUGGGGACCUUGAUCAAAACAUUCAAGGCUUCUUUCUUGCCUUUCUUUGAUGAACUGUCAUCGUACUUGAUGCCGAUGUGGGGAAAGGAUAAGACAGCUGAAGAGAGAAGGAUUGCCAUUUGCAUCUUUGAUGAUGUCGCUGAACAAUGCCGUGAAGCAGCGUUAAAGUAUUAUGAUUCCUAUCUUCCAUUCCUCUUGGAAGCAUGUAAUGAUGAAAGCUCAGAUGUUCGACAGGCUGCGGUGUAUGGACUCGGUGUAUGUGCAGAAUUUGGUGGUUCUGUUUUUAAACCACUUGUCGGGGAGGCUCUUUCGAGGCUGAAUGUUGUUAUAGGGGAUCCUAAUGCAUUGCAGCCUGACUGUGUGAUGGCAUAUGAUAAUGCUGUUUCAGCUCUGGGAAAGAUUUGCCUAUUUCAUCGUGACAAUAUUGAUUCAGCUCAGGUGGUUCCUGCCUGGUUGGGUUGCUUGCCAAUUAAGGGUGAUCUUAUUGAAGCAAAAGUUGUUCAUGAUCAGCUUUGCUCAAUGGUUGAACGGUCUGAUAGGGAACUUUUGGGUCCUAACAACCAGUAUCUUCCUAAAAUUGUCUCUGUAUUUGCUGAGGUUCUAUGUGCUGGUAAAGAUCUUGCAACUGAACAAACAGCUAGUCGAAUGAUUAAUUUAUUGAGGCAGCUCCAACAGACACUUCCUCCAGCUACCCUUGCCUCUACAUGGUCAUCCUUGCAGCCCCAGCAGCAACUUGCAUUGCAGUCAAUUUUAUCAUCAUAGUGUUCAUGGCUCGAAAAGUAGAUAUUCCUACCGCUGGAGUUAUUUCUUGUGUCCUGGUUUGUCCUCAUCGUAUUUGUUGCUCAAUUUUUCACCAGAGUGAUAUUACAACAUUCAUUUGCAUCCAGUUUAUGCAAUGAUCAAAAUGGAGGUUGCUUUGCCAAGUGUGUGGAUCCAUUGCUUGAGUAAACAUGAACAAAAACUCUAUGUAUCAUGUGUAUAAAUCAGUUCUGGUCUUUGUCUUUUUUUUUUUUAUUAUUAUUUUUCUGGUGAAUGGAAAUGAGCUCAACAGGAGGGUAGAAUGGGGGUCGAUGCUAUGUGGUCUUUGUCGCUUCGGAUCUUUAUGAUUCAUGAGAAUUUUGUUUGUCAAAUUGAGGUGCUUUGGAUGGUACCUGUCUCAGUUUUGAUCUGAUCAUUAUUAGGUUUAUAUAGCAUGGAUUUUUGUAGUGCAAGGAUCGAAUACAAGUGAUUAUUCAUGUCAGUUUUGGUAUGUUAAUGUUUAAUUAAAUUUUGGUUUUGCAAAA